AAGCUUUGAAAUGGAAAGAAUAUUCAAGAAGUGAUACCACAUAUAUUUCACAUGUGUUCGCGGCAAGUGCAGUACUCGUUUAAUAUGCAAUAGUAACAAUAGUAAAAUUAUUUUCACGCGAGAGAGGCAAAAAGAUAAUAAAAGAUACUCAACACACGUUUUCCAUCCAUUAGUGAUCGAAGUUAAAAAUGGAAACAAUGUUUUUCAUCAAGUGUCUGGGCUAUUUUCUGUUCUGGAAUUUGGCUGCAUCGAAUGAAAUCCAGACACACGGAGAGUGGUUCGAGUACUGUGAUCACUUAGUGCCACUGGGGCCUGACAGAUCCAUUUAUAUAAAUUCACCGCGUUAUCCUAAAAGGUAUACACCGAACUCUUCCUGUAGAUACACGAUAACAGCACCUCUAGACUAUGAGAUAAAUCUGCAAUGCAAUAUCGAUUUUGAUAAGGGUCCUGUAAACUGCACCACUGAAUAUUUCUACAUAAGCAUCGAAGGUCACCGUGAUCUUCAUCAUGGACAAUAUUUUUGUGGGAAAGGCUACAUUCAGAGGAAAUCCUACUUUCGGAGUCUGGUUAUGGCGUAUACGUCGUCCAGUGAAAACGCAGGAGGUUCAUUUAGUUGUGUACUCGAAACUCAGCCACAGGCGUGUGAAUGUGGAUGGACUAUCUUCAAGGACACUAACAAAUUCAAUAGAGGCGAAGAAGUUGAAAGUCAUGAAUACCCAAUGCUGGCUGGACUCGUCAAUUUGAAUUCAGGAAGACUAUUUUGUGGAGGAACAAUAAUUUCUCAUCGAUACGUCAUGACUGCCGCAAGCUGUUUUACUGUAUACACCACUUCGAAGGACGUCCUAGUGCGGGUAGGCGAGCAGAACCUCAAUAGAGAUAACGAAACUCCCACUGGUGGAACACAUUCAGUAACCUCAAUAACCUUGCAUCCAAUGUACAACGCCGAAAAAAGGAUCAAUGACAUCGCCUUAGUUAUGACCCGAACAAACAUAGAGUGGUCCCUUGAUGUUGGGCCAGCGUGUCUGCCAUUCUACUUCUCCUUCAACCCUUUUACUGAGAGUAAAGCCGAAAUGAUCGGUUGGGGAACAACGAAAUUCAUGGGACCUCCGGCAGACGUAGUGAGAAAGGUUUCCGUUAAUGUAACCACCAAUAAUUACUGCAAGUCGGUUUAUUCGGAUCUCGACGAUUCACAAAUUUGCACUUACUCACCACCAAAGGAUGCGUGCCUCUUUGAUGCUGGUACCCCCCUGCUAGUAGGGGAUGAGCGACUGUAUGCAAUUGGCGUUACAGGGAUUACUAGCUCCUGUGGACUUUUUAUACCUUCUGUGCAUACUCGUGUCACCUCACAUUUGAAUUGGAUAAGUUUGGUUGUUGGACAAGGAUUAUGCUGGAAAUAG